AGACCAACAGCCGAAAAAAGUCGCCUUGACGCCAUGAAACCUUGAAAACUCCGUGAAUCUGCGAGGUUGGCAUGUCAAGUCGUCGGCAAGAGGACCUGUCCCAGAAUCGUUUUCUACAAGUCCUCCGGGCGAGCUUUGAAGGCAUCUACCGUCAGGCAGCCCAAAGAGGCGACAGGACAGUGAUUUUGGUCCCUUGCGCAGAAUGUUUGGAGGCUGAACAUUUCGGUCAGUCCUUUGUCGAGACUCAUUUGCUCCAGGCCAGUCCAAUGCCAGGAUGUUUCAUGAACCACCUGGGCCAGGGGGUCGAGAUCAAGGAGAACAGCGUUGCAACCCAGCUGGGUUUCCAGGAGCAUCGGCUUUGCGAGGUGCUUCAGAAAGACUCCAUGUAUGACCUGAGCAAUACCUUCAAAGUCCUGGUCAUUGACAAGCCUUUGAUCGGCAGGUUCAAGCCUUUGUCCGCAGCUGUGCCUGAGCCUGGGAGCGCGGGCAACUUGGACGAUUUGCUUUUGCAUUCUCCAAGCAUCCAAGGAGAAUCUUUCGAUGAGGUGGAUCGGUUUCGCAAGACCUUCGUACAGGUUCCUGGAUGUGAGAAUCGCACCGCCGAAAGGAUUCGCGAAAUUGUGACUGAAGCUGUGGACAAGCUCAGCAGGCAACAUAAAGUGACUUCUGCCUCUCAAGUGGCGCAGCUGGAAUUCAAAGUGAGUCGGCAAGCAUACACUGCGCUCUACUCCUUCAUUUUCCCUCAUCUUCAAAGUUUGCUAACAGAGAAGGAGGACCAGCUGCAAAGAUCAGUGAGGUCCUAUGCGUCCCCAGAUGACCUGUUGAAGGCGGUUCCUGGGGGUGAACGACUCUGUUUCGUAGAUGUCACAGAGUCAGCGGCAGAAUUGGAAUUGCUGGAAGGCAAGAUUGCGCCCCACGAAAAGAUCGAGUGCGUGGAUAAGGCGCAUGCCUUGUUGCAGAAAUCCAUUGCCUCGCUGGCACCAGAGAGGUCAAGCACACCGAUGGAGAUUACUGGUGAUGAUGUUCUUUCCUUGUUUAUCCUCGUGGUUUACAGGAGUCAAGUCAAGAACUUUCUCGCCCAUGUGUGUCACAUGGAAAUGUACCUCCAAGGCCCUAGCAGGUCCGGAGGAGGUGCCCGCUUUGAAGAGGCCGGCUACGCCGUCUCCGCCUUGCAGGCAGGUCUUCAAUUCUUCAUGGAAGAAGAGAGGCCAGUGGCCCCCACUGGACCCAGUGUCUUCUCUUGUCUCGGCUCCCAAGGUCCGGAGGAGGCAUCCCACCUCCAGGGUUUGGUGCGCUCUGCUCGAGCUCAGGCAGCCCGUUGACGACGCGCCCAGACUGCGGGAAUACAAA